AUGGGUGUCUUCGACCGUAAGUCUUUUAUCUGUUUUGCAGGUGGUUUUGUCUGAUAAAAGACAACUUUCGUAAACAAUCUUUGAAUCGGAUACUUUGGGUGACGAGUAAAUAACAACAAUAAAACAAUACAGCCCAGCUUCUUUCUCAAUCGUUUUCGACGUUCUUAGACACUGUUUUCGAAUACUCUUUUCUUAACUUUAACCCUGUUUUUGUAGCCGGCCAAUACGGUAGAACAGCCCGGAUGUUACUACUGUACUUGGUGUACCUAUCACUUGCGACAACACUGUCACCGUUCGCAUCCGAAGCUCAUGCCGAACUCACCGUGCCCGGCUUGGAAGCGUCGUACGAUGCCUUCGAAAGCUCGGCCAUCAACCUCAACCUCCAGGAUGCGAUGCGAACCCUGAGGCGAAUGAAGAGAAUGACCACCAAACGUUUGUUUUUGAGAAUCGUAUUUUAUGAACCACAUUUAAGUAGACGAACUCAGCCCAGCCAUGCCCUUUUAAGUUCCCGCUUUGCACUUGAAUUGUCCCCUUUGGCGGUGGUACUGCUUCGGUCAAAAAGUGUAGAGACAAUUGAGGUAUCAGGUAAAAGAUCAAGAAAGUGAUAGGAAAAACGUUCUACACACUUUUUGACCGGCUAGUACCACCUUGGUACCAUUUCCUCACUUUCUGGUCCCUCAUCACGCCUCUUAUCCUUUGCCAUAUUCGUUAAUCUACAGUACUCAUGCUCUACAGUAGUCCGUCUCUGACCUUAUUUGUCAUUCCCUGCCACUUUGGAUUGAUCUAACAUUCAGAUUUAGAGAGUUACUUAAAAAGUUUAGACUGGUAUAACAUCUUUAGGUAUUGAUUAACAUGGUGAAAGGAUUGCAGGUUACAGUACACGUCGAACAGUAGGGUAUUACUGCAAAAAAGAGUAAAGUGAUGUUGUUUUAGUGAGGUACUUAAAACACUGUCACUCUUAGAUGACUUUGACUUGCAGAUAGUAUUGUUAGUGUAGUACCAAUGAGUACUAAUGUUUGCGGUUGGAAUUGUUACUUACAGAGCCCGAAGACAUUCUGACCCUUGACCGAGAGACGGUAACCGAAGCCCAGAAAAAGCAAAACGAAUCCGACAGCCAAGAUACGAUAUACUGUCUCCGAUUGGGUAAACUCUUUUACUGGGCGAUAAAAGGUGGCGGCGCUUUCUUUCGCUUUUCACAGUCCAGUCCGUCCGGGUUACGGUACUAA